AUGGAUCAAGCCUACGAAACAGAUGCUAUGGUCAUCUGGAAAAAGUGUAUACACCAGGUCAGCCAAGAAGAUGCCUUGGUGAUCGCCGUGGUCCAUCCCAAGCAGGAACAGCGUGUGAAGGACAGUAGACGUAGCAUGCCUAACUCGACAUGCGCUCGACGCAUCUUCAUCUGCGGACCGAGCGCACUCCAAGAUACCAUUGAGCAAGAGGUCAACAAUAAACGUCGCUCUCAAUUCACGCAACUUCACAUCGUCGUCAGCUCUGCCAUCGAAUCAAUCUACUGUCAGGUCACCUCCGUCAUCAAGGAGUUCACCGUUCGAAUCUACGGCGCCAUUAGGGGUAACAUACCAUGCAAACUUCUCGUCGACGAGAAAUCGACAUAUUGUAACGUGCCUGUCCAUCGCUGGGGUUACGAUAGGGUCGGCAGCCAUGUCUAUCUGCCCGACCCCGGUAUUUAUUACCCGGCUCUGAAAGCCAUUGUCGAUUUACUGCAGAGGUACACUGUGUGCUUCCGAGGUAAUGCCACAGUAACAGUUGAAGAAGAGGAGAAACUUGUGAAAAUCGAAACGGACAUUUCAGAGUUCCAGAAGUCCUCAGAUUCGUCUAACUCAGCAGAGAGUUCAAUCCCCGAAGGCGACGACCCUCGCGGUGGUCGUGGCAGACUCGACACAUUGAAGGCAUUGUUUGCUGCAAUCAUAGGGCUGGCAUCUACGACGGUCGGAGCAGGUGGUGUCAUUUGGGCCAACAUGAGCGGCGUGUUCAUCUCUGGACCCCUGGGGUUCUUUCUAGCAACCGGCCAUUUCAGUGCUGGUGUUGCUGGAGCGGCUUGCUGCGCCGGCGUGGGCCUCGGAGCAGCAGCAGCAGGGUCUACGUAUCUGAUCGAUUGGGAACGACUGUGGAGGUGGCUCAAGGCCAAGCUUGCAUGGGCCUGGGAGAAGAUAGGUGUGUUUUGUUCUUGGGUGUGGGAGAAGAUCAAGUCUGCAGCUUGCGCCGUGGGUUCUGCGAUGUAUGAGUUGGGUGUGUGGCUGGCUUCGUGGUUUUGA